UUGACUGGCAUUAGCGUUCAACCCACCUCGAAACCCGCUCGCUGUCCGUCAAAACUAUUCCCAAUCAAAACACUCAAUUACCAGAGUCGGGUUUUAGUGUGCUAGCAGGUGUACUCCCAGUGAAGUUUUAUGGAUAGUGUGCGCGUGGGUACUGUUGAGAUGCUCUUGUCUCUCAUCUGAAGCGGAGACCGGUGCGUUUUAUAGCUACGAUCGCCAAAAUAGCGCGGAUGGUGUGUUGUUGAGGGCAUGGACGAUCAACAAAGAAUGAUGCAUUCCGUUUCUCAACAUACUUCCGUCAGCAUGGCCGGUCACGUCGUACCCCAGCACGGCUAUGGCAUGCCACAGCAACCGCAUGGCGUGGACCCCACGAACCAGGGUCCGCAACCGGACCAAGAAAUUCGAAAACAUGAUAUUUCAGAGAUCCUUCAACAGAUCAUGAACAUCACCGAUCAGUCACUUGACGAAGCCCAGGCUAGGAAGCAUACCCUCAACUGUCAUCGUAUGAAACCUGCACUGUUCAGCGUGCUCUGCGAAAUCAAGGAAAAAACAGUGCUAAGUCUACGGAAUACACAGGAAGAGGAACCUCCCGACCCUCAACUUAUGAGGCUGGACAACAUGCUGAUCGCGGAAGGGGUGGCUGGUCCGGAGAAGGGCGGCGGCGCCGGCGCGGCCGCCAACGCUUCGGCAGCGGCGUCCAGCGGAGGUCCUCAGUCGGAAAAUGCCAUCGAACACUCCGAUUACCGCGCCAAAUUAGCCCAGAUUCGCCAAAUAUACCACCAGGAACUCGAAAAGUACGAACAGGCAUGUAACGAGUUCACGACACACGUGAUGAACUUGCUACGUGAACAAAGCCGUACGAGGCCGAUUACGCCGAAAGAAAUCGAGCGAAUGGUGCAGAUCAUUCACAAGAAAUUCAACUCCAUCCAAGUCCAGUUGAAACAAAGCACCUGUGAAGCAGUCAUGAUCCUCAGGUCCAGGUUUCUAGACGCCAGGAGAAAAAGGCGGAAUUUCAGCAAACAGGCGACAGAAAUCCUCAACGAAUACUUUUAUUCCCACCUCAGCAAUCCUUAUCCUAGUGAAGAAGCAAAAGAAGAGUUGGCCAGGAAGUGUGGCAUUACAGUAUCUCAGGUGUCAAAUUGGUUCGGUAAUAAAAGGAUAAGGUACAAGAAAAAUAUCGGUAAAGCUCAAGAAGAAGCCAACCUGUAUGCUGCUAAAAAAGCAGGAAGCCCGUGCCUGUCUUCCAGAUCUGCCGGUUCCUCUCCUUACAACAUGGUGCCAACCUCCCAAGGGCAGCAGCCUGGUCAAAUGAUCAGCCCUCCCCCUCCUGGUGCGCCCCAGGAUUCUAUGUACAACAUGAGCUUGAACGGUGGGGACUCCUACCAGUCCAUGGGGGCCAAUGUACAGUCGCAGGCAAACGCCCUCAGGCAUGUCAUCUCCCAAACAGCAGGUUAUGCGGACGGAUCUGGGGGUCUGUAUGAUCCCAGUAUGCAUCAGCCUCCAGAAUUGCAUCCAUAGUAGCCUGAUUUACGUACAUAAACAAACGGAGGAUCUCUCCUGUAAUCUGAACUCUUGUAAUAUACUACAUACGUGAGAAUAAUAAUUAAAAACAAAGAAAAGACUCCUUAUACUGCCGCCCGCGGUAGGAUCGCAAACUCUUUAUGUGCCACUGUGAGCUGAAGAGGUCUUUACCCUACCUCUCAACUCCCUCAACCAUUUCGAUCCUGAAUUCCGGGAGAAAAAAAAUAAAACAAAAUCGUGCCAUAAUUCAAGAAACAUAGAAGAAUUCGAAUGCAUUAACUUUCACAGAGUGGGGUCGAUUUGGCCCGUGUUAUAUACGUGUUCAAGCUGGCCGAGUGACGUCAUAGCGCGUGUGCGGCCUUUCCAUCGUCCGUCAUCUUGAUGUCGUCCAUCUUGUUACCAUUGACUCUUUCUUCAAAAUUACUUGCCCAACCUCGAUGUGAAUUUCUCCCCCCCCCCUUUUUUUUUUUAAUUCCCGGCCUUAGUUUUCAGUUAAUUAUUUCUUGCAUUUUUUUUUUAAAAUUGUACUUAGGAAAAAGGCUGGACAAUGUGGAGAUGUAAUCGCGAUGAAUCAAUCGCUUGUGAUGCAUAUUGUUUUUCGAUAAUACUGAAAAUCCAUGUUAUAUCAGAAUUAAAAUUUCUUCACAUUUUCGAGUUAUUUAUUCCAAAUAGUCGUAAGCAAUAUUUGUGAGAAAUAUCAAUGUAAUAAAAAAAUAUCAAUUACAUUUUUAAUUUCUGCUUAAAUUUACAAAACUUUGAUGUUAAAAAAAAACAGGCUGUUUUGCGAAAUGUCUGUAUUGAAAUAAGUACAACACAUUUCAGUUUAACAGACAUUGUUUUCGCGGUUACCAUCUUUCGCAUCGUCCAAUCUUGAUUUGUAGGACAUCAAUGUGUGAUCCGUCACGACCUGGGGUAUAUUUAUAAGUGUCCUACAUUUUUUAAACAGUUUUAGACUGCAUUUUUGUGUCUUGUCUCUCUCUCACUGCUUUCUGCUGUGGCCAGUGUUUUAUCAAACAAUCAGUCUUACUGUGGCAUUUACUAUUUAAAAUGAUUGUCUGAUUUGUUUGUGUGUUUUUAUUGCUCAGUCUUCUGUGAUCUAAUGAUGGACAAUUCUUGAUAUGCGAUGAGGACUGGUUUUUUUUAAGUAUAUUUAUUUGUGAAAAAGUAUUUUUAUCCAUAGAACUUUCUAUUUUGUUCUAAACAAGUAAUGUUUGCUUUAUGUUCAUUUUUUUUCGAAUAACCUUGACUAUUUAUAGUUAAGAAUAAAAGUCAUGAAAGUUAUUUGCGAUUUAAUAGCAAUUUUUUGUAGCUAUUUCACUGUGGAUCUCCUAGCUCAAUGAGAUAUUGCUCAUGAUUUAAAUAAACAAAUUUUGUGCCGGAAAAAUAUAUAAAGCUGUUAUUAACAUAACUGAUAAUAAAAUUAUUUAAAACUAAUUUUUAAAAAUUUCAAAUUAAACAGUUUCUCGAAUUGAAUUUCUAAUUUUUAUCUAUCAAUUUAUUGUAUUUCAUUUAUAAUUUUUGUAGAAAAUUAUAAAUAGCAGAUUGCAAGUAUUCUGCAUAAUGUUUUCUGUAAAGGAAUUGAUCUUGUUUUUUAAUGAUAAAUUUUUUUUUGAUUAAUUGUAACUCAACAAUCAAUUUUUUUUAAGUGUAGUGAAUGCCUAUUGGUUCACGUAUUUAGUCAUUUUAUUUAUGUAAUCAUUGUUUGUUUUAUGAUAAUUAACAUACAUGAUCAAAAUAUUUUGUUUUGGAUUACUUUUAUUCUCUGUGUUCUCUAAUAUGACUUUUAGUUGUAAAUAUUGCUUUGCAAAUAUUUAUAUCUUCAUUGAAAACUGAUAUUUUAAAAAUAUUUUAAUGAAGAUAUUUUAAACUAUGCAUCCAUUUCAUGAAGAUAGAGAAAAAUUAUCUUGAGUAACAUCAGCUAAAAUAAUAUAAUUCGUUAUAUUUAGUGUGAUAGUGAAUGCAUUUAACAUAAACCAAAUUUAUGACAGCAAAAUUUUUAAAUUUAUUUUUGUACGAUUAAUUCAAUUGGACAAUUACGAUUUUUAAAAUUGUUAUUUUAUACUUGAUAUAUUAACUAAAUAUAAAAAUCCUUUAUUUAUUCCAAUGGAUUUCUUAUAUCUGUGAGUAUAAAAAAUUGUGGUAACUUAUUUAAAGUGAAAUUUUAAAUAAUUUUACAAAUGCCAUAAGAGUUUAUUAGUUCAAAGCCAAAAUGAUGCGCUGUGUGAUGUACUCCUUUCAGUCUUGUAUUUUUUUCUUUUUCUAAUCUAAUGCAGGCUGCAGUGAGAGAAUCUCAUUUCCCCAUGUUUUGUUUUGACGAGAUGCUCAAAUAUGUUGUUCUUGUUCAAUCUUCACCAAGAACGUUUAUUCUUGCCAUUUGCUUGUACAGAUUUUAUCAGUCGCAAGAAACUCAUCGUUAAUAAAAAAUCUCCAGGUCGAAAAAAAAUUUAUUGUACAGCUUUAUUGCCGUGUUCGUAAAAACACUCAAAUUAAAUGUGAGACGAACUCUGAUUUUUAUCAAAAUUCUGUUCUGUUAAGUCGAACACAGCGAUAUCGGUCUGCAGUGGACUUGCAGAGCGGAAAAAAAAAGUAUUGGACAGCGGUGGUCUGUCCAUUUGUACAGUGUCCCCCACCCCAUUUUGACCGUCAUGUACAGUCCCCUGUUUGUUGCCCUCCCCCUUCUGUUAUGCGGCAUUUUUUUUUUCUGUUCAUCCCCCCAUGUGCUGUAGUAUAAUGAAUGGUCUGUGAAUAUUGAGCGAUAACGUCAACACUCAAGUCACUGACGGAAAUAAAUAUUUUGACUUUU